GUUGGCAACGGCCACUUCCACCGCGCCUCCACCAGCGUCACCUCCCUGCGCGGCGCCUUUCGGGCGGUGUCCAGCACCAUCGCCAGCUCUCGGACGAGAAGCCGGCAAGAAGACCGGUCGCAGGCUGAGGAGGAAGCCGAACCCUCGGCAGAUGACCCAAAGGACAAGAAGAAGCGGAAGAAAAAGGAUCGCGUGGAGCGCAAUGUGACCUUCGAGCUGCGGAACGUGAUCUUCGACCUCGACGAGUCAGACAUGGGAAAGCGCGAGCUCAAGGCACAUGGGGUCGGCUUGGACCAGGGCCCCUAG